AUGUCCGCAACAGCAGCUGUCGCUACACCUACAGACAUUGUUUCAGCCGCCCAAGCCGCUGUCCCCCCACAAGUACCCCCGCACCGCUCGCACGACCCCGCCAAUAACCUCAAACGCGUCGACCCCUUCCAGUUCGGCUCGCGCUACCUCGAACAAGGCGACGACGUCUUCGAGUUCAACGCCUGGGACCACGUCGAACCUGACGACGAAUUCCUCGCCUUCGCCGAAGUCCAGUACGCCAAACAGCGCGAAGCGCCCUGCUCGGAUUUUGACAAGCAGCGCUUCAACGCCGAUCCCGCAAAAUGGUGGAACCUGUUUUAUAAGAAUAAUACGGCAAAUUUCUUCAAGGAUCGCAAGUGGUUGCAGCAGGAGUUUCCGGUUCUCGCCCAAGUCGCUCAGAAAGAUGCUGGGAAAAAAGUUGUAUUGGAGGUUGGUGCCGGCGCGGGGAAUACGGCGUUCCCCUUGAUUAGGAAUAAUGAGAACCCCGAGCUCAUGGUGCAUGCGUGUGAUUUCUCGAAGACGGCUGUUCAGGUUAUGCGCGACAGCGAGUACUACAACCCCAGCUGUAUCACAGCUGAUGUCUGGGAUGUGAGUGCGCGGCCGGAUGAGGAGAGUAAUGGUCUACCGCCUGGUCUGACCGAGGGAUCAGUCGACGUCGUCAUUCUCAUCUUCAUCUUCUCCGCCCUCGCCCCCGACCAAUGGGAGCAGGCGAUCCGCAAUGUUUACCGCGUGCUUAAGCCCGGCGGCCAAGUCCUCUUCCGUGAUUAUGGACGAGGCGAUCUCGCCCAAGUCCGUUUCAAGAAGAACCGAUACUUAGCCGAGAACUUUUACGUACGAGGUGACGGCACCCGCGUGUUCUUCUUUGACCGCGACGAGCUAGAGCAGAUGUGGGGUCAGUGGACUCCUGAAAAGGGACUGCCGGAGCUGAAGCCGAAGGAAGAGACGACCAAAGAAGCCACUCCCGAUUCUACCGAGAAGGAGAAGGAGGGUGUCUUUGAUAUUCUCAACCUGGCGGUUGAUCGUCGACUAGUCGUCAACCGCCAGCGCAAGCUCAAGAUGUACCGCGCCUGGAUUCAGGGACACUUCGUCAAGCGUCAGUAA